UUUCCUUUUAUAACCAGAGCUGGGAUAAAUAGCUGCUUUGGACCAGACACGCAAAGAUCCAGUUUUUUAAUGCACAGGAACCAAAACUCUGACAUAAUGAUUUGUCUUUCUGGGCUUGUUGGCUUUCUGCUGGUGCUGACAACUGAGGCCAGAGUUGGAAACUCCUCUGAGUUAAAGUUCUGCUCUGAGACAGAACAGUGCCUGCUGUUUGACUUGAUUUGUAAGACUGAGGAGUAUGAGGUCCGACACUAUGACUCCGUGAAAUGGGUUUCAACUAAUGAGACAUCCUUCUUCAUGGAGUUUGCAGCCAUGAAAGCAUUCAGACGCUUGUAUGAAUACAUCACUGGUGCCAACGACCAGGGAAAGAAAAUUGAAAUGACAGCUCCUGUUCUUGUGAAGAUGCCUGACAAGAAUUUUUGGCAAAUGGGUGUAUACACAAUGAGUUUCUUGCUGCCAGCUGAAUAUCAGAUAAAUCCCCCCAAACCCUCUGACUUGCAGGUGUACAUCCAUGACACUCCAGACAUGAAAAUGUUUGUGCGGAGCUACGGUGGAUGGAUGACGAGCACAUCUGACAAAAACGAAGCAAGCAGUCUGUCCACUGCCCUUGACAUAGUUGAUGCAAAGUAUAAAAAAGGCUUCCACUAUGCUGUCGGAUAUAACAGUCCAAUGACGAUCUUUAACAGGCACAAUGAGGUGUGGUUUGUUGCUGAGGAUGACCCGACAUGUGCCAGCAGUGAAGAAUUGAACUUUGCUCCUUUCGCUUGAAUAUUGUGAGCCCUAUAAAAUGACAGCUUAAAUGGAGCGAUGUUGUAGCUCUACUUUUGUUUCACUAUUGCUUCAAGUCAGACAGUUCAAGUGACAGCCCAGAUUUUGAAAGCAAGGGAUCUUGCAGGGGAUCAAUUAUUUUUUAUUAUUCUGAUUAUAUGAAAUGAUUAUGCCAUAGAUUACUUGUGAUGAUGGUUUUCUAGUAGCUUGUUUGGUGGUCUUCUUUUAUACUCAAUAAAGUUAGCUUCUUGCAGUGAU